UGAGCCACAAGAGGCCAGCCAUGGAUGAACAACGGUGAAGACGAGAAUUUCCGCCUGCUUCUGGAAAACGCAUCCAACAUGAACCGCCGCGUUGCCUUCCGGCCACGACACCUUUCCGAAGCGUGGUGCGACUAUCGCGUUGAAUCCAAUCCUUUCGCAGUUUCACCGCAUCAUCUCUGGUCCUUGAGCAAGGCAUGAAGCCUAUCGCCUUGCACAGUUCAACCAACGGUCAAUGUGGCGGGCCACUGUUGCUUCGAAUUUACCCGCCCACCACGAAAAAGGCGACAGGGACGCCUCGGUUCAUUGAUCGUCUAGCGCGGUUCAUGUGGGAAAUAGGAGCUUUCGGCGAAUUGCAUGCGACAACAACCCAGGAAACAUCUGAAGCAAAAGGAAUCCUUGUAACCUGUAUGUCCGUUGAUCCUGAGUCGUGGGUCUGGUUUUCAGCCUGGGCUUGUGUCGAAUCCGAGACCAUGGGCCACGGCCGGUUGAGAUCCCUGGCAGGAAGAGAAACAGACCCAUCAUGCACACCCCUGUGUGUAUGGGCUUCGCUUCGCGUCAACACUGACCUCGCGUUGACCAGUCUCAUUGCGAUGCUGGCGGGGCGGUUGAGUCCCGAAACUCCUGGACUCAGACUUCGGAUGCUCACUUCCAGACAUCUGGUGACUGCGUCCAAGACCAACCAGCUGUCUGGUUGAAAAGUUUUGAUGCUCAUUCUCGAUUUAGUUGCUUUGCUUGCUCUCACUUAGGAAGUGUUGUAGUUCUUCUUUAAGCCCUGUUCCUAUUCGAACCGACGGUACCAUAGCGAUAUUCUCGAUCACCUAUAUCAACAUACGAAUAAUGGUUGUCCCCAACCCUUCAUCCCAACACUGC